GCCCCCCCAGCGUCGCCUUGCCAGCCUCGAUGGGGUCUUUCCAGGGCCCUCCACUCGCCAAUUUGAGCAUGCAAAUCCUGUCUUUGGCCCCAACGCCCGACCCCCCAACCUCUUCUGAAUCUGACCAGCCAACCCGCACCCACCACUACGAUCAUUACAUUCCAGCCACCGUAUGGAGACAGAGGAGACGAUACGAUACCACGACCACUACACUGCAAAAAGUUGACCAAGAACAUUUCCACGCACAUACGACUCCGUACCAAGCAGCAAUACACACUUAGGGCUAAGGCACACUGAGACUGCCUAGGGAAGACGAUCCAAACAGCCAAACAGACACCAAACAAUCAUCGCAGGGAACGAAGGAAGGAGGGACGCGACCACUAGCGUUGAGGGAGAGGGAAAAACACCGUACAGUACCGUGGACAACACCACACGCCAGCAAACGACACUGAUCCAGCACAGCACACCAAACUUGCUCCUGCUGCUCUGCUCUGCUCCACCAACAUACAGAACACCGCACUACGCACUGCACACAAUAUACUACACGUCCCCGGUCCCAUCGUACCAUUGGGUGGUGACAAGUCAGAAAAGACGCAAAUUCAAUACUUGCGACCUUCCACAUCCUCGGUAUCGUCUGGUCACCAUGAGCUACGGCGACUGCUACUUGCGACGUUGAACAGCGCGGCCACAGCCAUCAAUGUGACUCGACCGACGGGCCCUUCCCCAUCUGCCGGAUCUCGCAUUCACCUCGGAGGCUAUCAGCUGGACUCUGGACUCCCCCAGAAUUGACUGACUGCAGUGGCGCACAGAAUCGCACAGCACCAUGGACCAAUUGACCUUAAAAACGCGCAAGGAGGUCGUCGAGGCCCCCAUCGAGAGCUGGGACGACGAUGACUUGGACAUUGGCGGAGACGAUUUCACCUUUCGCAGCGCGUCGUUGACGACCACGACCACCUCGCAUUCCCACCACCGAGAAUCUCUCUCGUCCUCGCGCAUGUCCAUCCGAUCCGACUUCGACUCCAACCCAGGCGACGAGGACAAGCAGGUCCAUCUCCCGGGAGACGAUGAACGAUCAACCAUCGACGCAAUUGCGACCGCGAAACAAGCCGGCAUCCCCAUUCCUCAGAACGUGCCCUCUUCCGCGCUCUUGGGGGGUACCAUCAAAAGGUUGGGUGGCCGGAAGAUCAAGAAAAUGAUACAGGACGAUUGGGACGACGGCGAUUUGGAACUUCCGGGAGAGGGCGGCUUCCAAAUCAAGCAACAAGACGCCUCCAAAUUCCCGGACGCUUUGCGACAAGUCAGUGGGGGUGAAUCCUCGACACAAUCCAGCCCGGCAAAGUCACUUCAACCAGCUCCAAUGUUCAAUCUCAAUUCUCCCCCCAAUCUCAAACCACAAAUGGCAUCCAUGGAUCUUCUCGACCAAUUUCGGGACCAAGACAAUGAGGAUGAUUUCUUUGGAAACAGUGGUGACACAAUUAAAGUCGCUAAGAGCCGACCAGGUGCCAAAUUAUUGCCUCUCGUCACUCCACCCACACCUCAGCAGGAUGACAAAAUCGCGGAGAGUCGUGAGGAGUUUGAGCACGACUUUCACUUCCCGACCAACAGCCCUCUGAAGCUUUCCGCACGACAAGAUAUUCCCAAGACACCGGCUACGACACGUGAUGAUUUUGAUGAAUGGGGCGAGGGUAGCCUUGGGACAAGGUUUGGAGGGACUAAGCGCGAUGGCCGCUCAAAUCGAAGUUCGUCCUCUGCCCUAAGUCCAAGCGUGGCAAGCUCUCUCACCGUGGAGAGCGAGGAUGAGGGACUGGACGGGCUGGUGCUUCCGAAUGGCCCAAUUCCCUUUGAUGAUAUUCUCAAGAGAAGACAGCAAGAUCGUUCACCGGAUCAUCAAAGCCCUGAGAAGCAAGCCGCUAAGCGUGUGGAAAUGAAGGAAGAUUUUCUUUCGGGUCUUGAGGUUGGUGAUGGAGAUGUAUUUGCUUCGAGCAAACUUACCCAUAAUCGGAAUGUCAAGAUGAAAACCACUCGACAAACAAGCCCAUCUCGACCCAAAACCGCUGUUUCAUUGACCUUUACAAACAAAGCUUCAAGCUCUACUACUACAUCACGACUUCCUCGUCCUCAUGGUCCCCUCGAACCCGUCUCGGAGAGUGGAGGGCCUAUUGCAAAUCGUAAUCGUCGUUCUCAAUCCAGACUUGGAGGCCAUUCGAAUCAUUCUUCAAUUAGCAGUAUUCAUACACCAACCACACCCUCACAUCCUCCUUUCCCGCCCUCAACGCCACGUAGACGGGACCUGGGUCUUAAACAGUCCAAUCCUACCCUUCGGAACGAGCCAACAACGACCCAUGCUCAACUAUUGAAGCUCAAGCGGUCGAUGCCAUCCAUGCGAUCGCCAGCAAAGCCAACCGGACGAUUUGAAAGACCACCAUCUCGCACGGAUGGCAGCACUAGAACUCAGUACAUGUCUCGGCCCAAAACCCCGGUUGACCGCGACCGUUCAGGAGCUGAAUCGAGUAUGUCCCAAGCUCGAAGGAAGCCUGCACCAUUUCUACCUGCCGGUGCUUCGAGUAGGCAGUCACAACAUGUUGCCGCCAAAACUUCUCGUCAUUUCCGUCGAAACGAUUCGGAAUCGUCGAGCAACAGUACGGAUUUUCGGCCAACGUCGCGAGCAGUUUCUAGGUCCACGAUGAGGUCACCAAGUCCACGGAGAAAUCCUCGCGGACCUGAAGCAUUAGCUCGCGAUGCCGCGGCGAAGCGACAAAUCACAAAACCGGUUCGUCGCAGGCACUUUGGUGACGGCUGUGAACUCGAUGGCUUUGAUGAUCUGCCUACCACUCGCGAUGUGGAACAGAAGUUUGUCAAGGAGCCGAUUGGUCGAGGCCCACCAAAGCUCUCCAACUUGAGGCAAAAGCUUCAAGAAGCUCCUGCUCUCCUGAGAACAAGUACACCUGCUCCAUUUUCACCUGCAAGACCACGAGAUGAAUUGCCUAGAUUCGCGCGUGAUACCAAUGCCAGUCGAAUGGCAAGGGAGCAUAAUAUUGCACAUCGUGCUCCUUCCGGAGCUCCACUGGCGACUUUGACUAAUCAAUGGAAAGCCAAAGUUUCUGCGACCACAGGUUUGAGUACUGCAACAGCGCAUUCGGUGAGGACCAAGAAGCCCAAGGGGCCACCACAGAAACCUCAACUAAUCAAGCCGCUUGGGAAUCUCAAUAACGCCAAAUGUAAGCACUUUGACGCAUACUUCACUCUCUUACUAAUGCAGUCUUAGCCGUGAAAGGAAUGUAUUAUAACCCAUAUACUUUUAAAUGGGAAGGAAACGAGAAUGACCUUUCUCCCUUUGAUGCGCCUGCCUCUCCCAUAAAUUCAAUGAAUUCCAACGCUUUCAAAGAGUCGCCAAGCGCUUACCGGGAAAGGGAGAAUACCACCCCUCGACCAGCACUUAUCCAAAAUGUCAACUCGAGUCAAAACGUUCAGGUCGUUGGGGGUAUGGUGUUUGAUCCCGUGCGAAUGUGUUGGCUUAAGAUGCCUCAAAAAGGAGACAAUAAAAGUGACGCGGGAGAUACCAUGGAUGGUUUUGAUGCGUUGGACGACGAAGAAGAUGUCUUCCAAGAUGUCCCUGACUUGGAAGAUUCCCCGUCCAAAGAAUCGGCCACCCCAGGCGGCCGCAAAAGCGAAGGGCUCAGCAGCCUCAAAGACGACUGGCUGGUUGGCGAGGAAUUUGACGUAGGACCCGAAUUUGUCCGACGACAGCGUGAAGAAGAAGAGCGUUGGAGGAGAAAGUGUGAGCAGUGGGUAGGGAACGACCUCAACCGAGGCGGUGACCUCUGGAGGUGGAGUAUUAGAGAUGUGGUUAAUGAGCAGUGAUGACAAGUCGAAUCACUUACGCCACUGAUGAAAGAGGGGUACCCAGUAUAUUUUCCCCCACGUCCCUUUGGGGAUCAGAAAAGAGAAACACUGUACAGCAUUGCAUGCAAAUAUCGAUUUUUUCAUUUGUCACCUUCUUCGUUCUAGGGGGCGCAAGCGCCAAAGGGUUUUCAUGGCGUUCCAACUUUUUGUAUGGACAUAAAAGGGGGAUUCUGAACGACUUCUUCUUUCCAAUGCUUUGGCUUUGGCUCUUUUUGCAUUCGCCCAUUUUGGGGCUCCUUUUCCUUUUGUUGAAAUGAUGAUGAUGGAUCGGGCUUGGGACUGGACUCGGGUUGGGACAUUUUUGGUGAUGAGGUAGGAUGGAUUGGGAUGGAACUGGAUGGGAUGGGAUGGCAUGGAAUGGAAUGGGGGGAAUGGACGAGAUGAUGACACAAAACACACAGACAUACUUUCUUUUUGAUAUCCCUUUUGUUUACUUAUAUGGGGGAUGAGCGGAUGGGCGGGGUAUGUGGGGAGGGUGGGAGGACAGUGGCGGUGCCUUCACAGCGUGGUGGAUUAAAGGAAGCAUGUAUUUUAGACACGGGGAGGGGGCGGUUAGAAUUAGGGUGAGUGAAUGAUUAUAU